UCCUCUGUGAACUUUCUUGUCCACUGUGCUCAUUUUUUGGUUUCAUUUUUGUGAAAUAUUUUAAACAAUUGGUUUAAAGAAUGUUAUCAUUCAACAACACAACAUCUGCAUCUAGUUUUCAAUCUGCUUCAUCAAGAUAUUUAAUGUCAUCAUCAUCAUCAAUUGGACCACCACAACAACAAUCUGCAAAACUAUUUCCUGAGCAUUUCUAUCCAAGUGGACUAAGUCCAAGACAGUCGGAAGCUCUCGAACGAUUGCGACCCAAUACGGCGUCGCGCGAACGAAAUAUUCCGAUUCAAUUUACCGGAAAGAAUCCAACAACAAAUUCAGCUCUUGAGGAGUAUAAACCAGUACCACACGUACAAGUUACAUCUCCAAAGUCUUCAAUUGUUCCGAAUUUUGUUUCCGAGCAACGCGGGCUUCAGCCUCAACCAACAUCUCAAGCUCCAACCAAUUAUCGGCAAUUCGUGGCUGCACCACGAUCGCCACGUGGAUAUGGAGACUAUCCAGAAAUGACGGGAAAAGCUUCUGCUGCUGGGGAUUCAGAGCCUGUUCAAAUCCCAAUAAAAACUCAAACUCCAAUUACACAAGCUCGUGCUCAAGAAACUAAAAUUCCAACAAUUGUGUCACCACACCCUGUUUAUUAUUAUGACAAUCAGGAGCAACCAAUUCAACAAAUUCGAGAGGAGCAACCAAAUGCCACCAUGGAGACCAAAGUCACCGGACAAGGUCAGCCAAAGCGUGUCGGACGCUGGACAUUGGCUCAACUCCGUCAAACUGACGGAAUUAUUCCAAGCCAGGCCGGAUGGAACAAGGGAGACUCACAAAAGUUGAUGACCAACUUCGGAACACCAAGAAACACUAACACUCGUGUCAAGUCUGAGAACCUUCAGGAAAUCCCAGAAGAUAUUGCCAACCGAACCCAUGGAGAAGUUCGUCUUCAAUCCGGAACCAACAAAUAUUGCUCCCAGAGAGGAAUGACCGGAUUCGGAUCCGGACGUGAUGUGUGCCGUGAGGGAGUCCGUGUCGCUCAGAACCCAGCUGACUUGGCUGAGCUUCCAGAAGAAAAGAUCCGUAUGUCCGAGGGAAUUGUCCGUCUUCAAGCCGGUACCAACAAAUAUGAUUCUCAAAAGGGAAUGACCGGAUUCGGAACUGGACGUCGUGAGACAACUAAGAUGGUUGACUCAAAGCAUCCAGAAUACGAUCACGAGAAACCAGAUCAAUCUGAAAUUCCACUUCAGUCUGGAACAAACAAAUUCGCUUCACAAAAGGGAAUGACCGGUUUCGGAACUGCUCGUCGUGAGACCACAAAGAUGGUUGAUUCUAACCAUCCAGAUUACUCUCAUGAAUGUUCCAUUGAUCAAACCACAAUUCCAUCUCAGAUGGGAUCUAAUCAAUAUGCUUCACAGAAGGGUAUGACUGGAUUCGGACAGCCACGUUGGGAAGUUCUCGACCCAUCAAUCUCAUGGCAAAACCGUAAAUCCCAGGGAAUGGUCCGUCUUCAAUCUGGUACCAACCGUUUUGCUUCUCAAGCUGGUAUGAUUGGCUUCGGAACAUGCAGAAACACAACAUUCGAGGCUGAAGGAGGAGAGCUUCCAUAUGAGGCAAUGAAGGUGUCUGAGACCAUCAUUCCAAGUCAAGCUGGAUGGAACAAGGGAGACUCACAGAAGAAGAUGACAUCAUUCGGAGCACCACGUGACGUUAAGGGCAAGCACUUGAAGAGAAUCUGGGAGCUUGAAUACCCAGAAGAGGCUGAAAUCUCUUUGGAUCGUCUCUAAAUCAUUUUUCUCCGUGUUUUUUUUUCUUUCGUAAAUUACAUGAUACCUGUGCAUAAUUUGCUUCAACUUCUUCUCCAAAUGUUUCUUCUUAUUCUUCAAAAAAAACUACUUUUUUGUUUGUUCUCCAUCCCAUUUCCCUGCUUUCCUUCCUAUUCUUUUCACACCCAAACAAGUUCAUCAUAUAAAUUUGAAAUUUUUCGAUUGUUUUCUUUUUUGCGUAAGUUGCAGCCAAAAAUGAGCAAUUUUAGCGAAGAAUUAUUCUUGUUAUUUUAAACCACUUGCAUUUAGUUUUCUAAAUGAAAUUCACAGAGAUGCGACAAGCCAUAGAUUUACUUAAAAAUAUAUGUUUAUUCUAUGAAAACCCGUACGGAACUUUCAGGCAAUAUACUAAAAAUUUAACAAAAAAUUAAAAAAUUAGUUCGUGUUCAGGGCGUUCAGUUUUUCCAUCAUAUUGUCAUUGAGAGCCUUCCAGAAUAGACCUUCUUCGCAUUCGAUGUCUGUUGUGAAGAAUACCUGCAAAUAUUUUAAUGAAUACAUUAUUUGAUU